AUUUGCCGUGUUGACCAUAAAGGCCCUACUUUGCCGCCUCGAGUAUGAGGAUGUGGUGGUGUCAAUGGAACAGAAGCGUGGCUGGGACACGCUCGUCAAUGCUGACACCCACCACUACGCAGUGGGUCUGCUGGCCAGGGAGAUGCGCCGUGCCUCGAGCCCCUUGUAUUCCUGGAUUGCCCUUUGCCUGCUGGGGCUGCUCAUCAGGGAGAAGCCCCGCUGGGAGCUUCCUGCCAUGGCCUUCCUUGUGGAGGUCCUCGACUGCCGGGAUAUGACUGAAUGGAGUGACAGCUUCCUGGAGAUUCUUGCAAGGCACCUGAGAAGCGAGUGCCCAGAGAUGCGUCGCCUGGCACUCAGAGGCCUCGUGGUGCUCAGCAAGGAUCCUGUGAUGGCUGACGGCAUGCGGACCCUGACACAAAGCCUGAUGGACGUUCUGUGGGACGCAGACAGAGAGCUGGUCGAGAUGGCCCUCUCUAUAUUCAUCAAUGAAGUUGAGGACAGAGACAUCGUAAUCUCCACCCCCACUGCCCUGCAGCUGGCUGAGGUGCUGCAGCCACUCUUUGGCUAUGACAACAUCCGUGUGCAACUGCUCUCCAUUCACCUCUUCCGAAAGGUGAUGGAGUUGGGAGUGGAUGAAGGACAAGAACACCUGAAGUCACACGUGAACCAGAGCCUGAUGCCACUCUUCUUCUACUGGCACGAUGAGAACCAGCAAGUGGCAGAAGCCUCUUGGAAAGCGCUUCUUCGUGCAGCCUGGUUGCUGAAGAGGAGGGAUCUUGUGGAGCUGCUGAAGACAGAGCAGCCGUGGAGGUUUAGCGAGUGCCUGCUGGAGAAGGACAAGAGCCGAGUGGCCCAGUACCUCUGCCAGGCCCUGCCGUACCUGGAGAGCCCACAGGAGCCCGUGCGAGAGGCGGUCCUCAGGUUCAUAGGGAUCGCUGGGAGGUACCUGAGGGGACAGCAGGUUGAGCUGCAGAUCGUCAUUGAUGGUGAGUGA